AUGAUAAUUAAACCGAUAUCUAAAAUAGAAUAAGGUUAUUAAAGAAAAGAAGAUAUAUAUGAGGUAUUUGUGUAAACAAAAUAAUUUGAUGAAUAAUUCCUUAAUCGAAUAAUUGAAAAGUUUAGGAAAGAGAAAGUCACAGAUUGUAUAAAAUUUCUUUCAGCAAAAUGCAAUAAGAAGAAUAUAAAAUAAUAUAAGAUGUAGUUUAUAACCGAGCUUAUGUAAAAUAUUAAUGAAAAUGCCUUUAAUGAGAAAAAUUAUUAAUUUUUAGAGGCUAGAAGGAAUUUAAUUAAAUAAAUAGCAAAUGAUGACAAAAUUGUUUAAUUUUUAAAGUUCCUUGUUUAACUGACUUCUAUUGAUGAAAAAUUUAUUCAAUGUGGAUCCAACUCCCUCAAUUUAUUAAUUGAAAUGAAAGUUAAUAUGAAAGAACACAACUUAGAGAAAAUAAGGAUUAGAGACACUUCUUUAAUUGGUGCUAAUAUGGUAAGAUGCAAUUUGAAUGAGUCUACUUUUCAAAAUGUAGAUAUUAGUGGAAUGAAUCUGAACGGUGCCUAAUUGUUCAAUUGUAAAUGGAAAAAUAUAAAAAUAACUGAGUAAAAUAAAAAAGAUACCAAUAAUAUUACUGUUAAUUCGGUCUGCUUCUCUGCUGACGGUACUACAUUAGCAUCUGGCACUAUAGAUCAAUAUAUACGUUUAUGGGAUGUUAAGACAGGAUAAUAAAAAGCUUUAUUAGAUGGGCAUUGUGAUUCAGUUCUUUCAGUCUGUUUUUCUCCUGAUGGUACUACAUUAGCAUCUGGCAGUGGAGAUAAGUCUAUCCGUUUAUGGGAUUUCAAUACAAUGUAAUAAAAAGCCAAAUUAGAUUGUUAGGAUUAUGUGUAUACAAUCUGUUUCUCUCAUGAUGGCACUACGCUAGCUUCUGGCAGUGGAGACAACUCUAUCCGCUUAUGGGAUGUUAAGACAGAAUAAUUAAAAGCCAAAUUAGAUGGUCACUAAGAAUAUGUGUACACAGUCUGUUUCUCUCCUGAUGGUACUACAUUAGCAUCUUGCAGUGGAGAUAAGUCUAUCCGUUUAUGGAAUAUUAAGACAGGUUAAUAAAAAGUCAAAUUAGAUGGCCAUUAAGAAUAUGUGUAUUCAGUCUGUUUCUCUCCUGAUGGUUCUAAAUUAGCAUCUGGUAGUGGAGAUAACACAAUCAAUUUAUGGGACUUUUAGACAGGAUAAUAAAAAGACUAAUUAAAUGGUCAUACUGAUUAUGUUUAUUCAGUCUGUUUCUCUCCUGAUGGUACUGUAUUAGCAUCUAGUAGUGGAGAUAGCUCUAUCUGUUUAUGGGAUGUUAGAACAAAAUAAUUAAAAGCUAAAUUAGAUGGUCACAGUAGUGGAAUAUUGUCAGUCUGUUUUUCUCCUGAUGGUACUACGUUAGCAUCUGGGGGUUUUGAUUGCUCUAUCCGUUUAUGGGAUGUUAAGGAAAGAUAAUCUGAUACUAAAAAAGUCUGUUUCUCUCGUGAUGGUACUACAUUAGCAUUUGAAAGUCAUGAUCAGCCUAUGAGUUUUUGGGAUGUAAAAUCAGGAUAACAAAUCAGGCCUUCAGAUAUCCGCCACAAAGAAAUUUCGGCUUAUUUUGAUUCCUUUGCGAUAAAAAAUAGCAUUCCAACAGAAACUGCCACUUGUAUUUAAGUUAUUCUUCCAAUAACUUCAAAACCUAAUUUAGAAGCCAAAGGAGCAUUAAUUUUAUAAGGAGAAUUUCUAAAUUCUUUAGGUCAUGAUUAGCGAUAAAUAUUCAGAGAUAAAGGGAGUCAUAUUUUAGAAGGUUACAUUUGA